AUGGAACAUUAUGCCGCAUUAGGCAGGAAACCUAGAACCCAAGCUAACAGGCACUGGACAGCAUCCCACCAAGCAACCGCUCAAAGGUCAAAUCCUCAGUACAGCGCGCUCUGCGCCAAAAGCUCGUCGAGGCUCACCCACGAUGCGAACCAUAUAUUGACGAGAUCCUACCUAAGAAAGCGCAGCUCGAUGCCGCCCGACAGAGUUACUCUCUACACGAUUGAUUCAACUCCGCUCUUCUACCAACCUCUUGAUGGCCCACCCAUCCCGCAUCUAAAACUCCUCCACCAGUUCCCGGACAUGCUACCAACAAUCCAAAUCGACCGGGGUGCCAUCCGAUUCGUGCUCUCGGGUGCGGCGCUUAUGGCGCCUGGUUUGACGAGCCCAGGUGGAAGGUUGCCGGAUGCAGAGCAUGCGCUAGAGCAGGGGACUGUUGUUGCGGUUAAGGCGGAGGGUAAGGAGGAAAUUUGUAUGGUUGGGACGUUGAAGGUUGGAACGGAGGAGAUCAAGGCUAAGGGGAAGGGGGUUGCAAUUGAUGAUGGGCAUUAUCUGGGUGAUGGGCUAUGGAAGAUGCAUUUGGAUUAG